UUCGGGUUUUCAGUUGACAUGUCUGCUUAAUUGCAAAUUUAGAUUGGCUCAAGAACCUUCAGUCUGAUCUGAUCUCAUCUUAUUGUCCAUCAUUAGACGUCACGCCGAGUUGGUUGAUUUCCUGCUUUUCCGAGAAGUGACAAAUAUGCUGAUUUGCACAAUACUGACGCUUGCAUUUCUUAAGCAGGAAAAUACAUACGUUUGUGAAUUUUCAUUUUAUUUAUAACUGUCAGAAUGCCUUGGUCUGUAAGCCAGCGAAAGAGGUUAGACGUGGUUGAAAAAGGAAUUCUUGAGUCGUACUUUGGAGACAAGAUAACCUGGAAUGAUCCACAAGGAAAAACUACAGUMGAAUUGAAAAUUAGUACAAACAGCGACAAUCAUUAUACACUGAGGAUAUACCUGCCAUCAGACUACCCAAACUCAUGCCCAGAACUAACUGUGGCAUCUCCAAAAGAACUAAAAAGAAAAGAUGGAACCCCAAUGAACGGAUUUGCAUCUGAUGCAGAUCACACCUACGGAACCAAAGAUGGACUUAUCAAGAUAUGCCACUUUCAUCAAGGAAAAUGGACAAAUGAAUACACAUUGUAUCAAGUGUUUAUGAAAGGACUUCUUUGGCUAGAAGCGUACGAAUCUCACAGACAAACUGGGAAACCAAUAAGCACUUAUUUGAGAGAAAUAUGACAUUAAAUUUAUUGUUACAAUUUCAUUUUAUUAGUUUUUUCAAACGGUGGAAUCAAGUUAAGUGAAGUGCAUUGAGCAAAUUUUCCACCAUACAUAUAUGAGGCUAUGUACAUCGUUGUUACAUUAUGUCAUUACUGAGGCCGUAAACGAAAAGUUAAAUCUAUACGAUUUUGUCAUAAUGUUAAGAUAUCUAAAGAUUUGGUAAUAAGCAAGGAACGUCAAUAAAUUCAUUUGAUUGUAUUUAUAAUCCUGAA